AUGGUUAAAUAUUUUUCAUCUUGUUUAUGCUUAAUUGGAGCAAUUAUUAUUCUAUCAAGUCAUUAUACUAAUACAAUUCCCAUUGAAAAUUCUGAAAAUUACUUUAUUAGACAAUUAAGAGAUUUUCCAGUCGAAGAGUUUGAUGGAAGACCGAUUUAUUAUAAUGGUUAUCUUAUUGAAAAUACUGAUCCACGUAUUUCACUUAAAAGAGCUGUCGGUCCUCGUCCACUACGUUUUGGAUGA